AUGGAUCUUACAGAGUUGGGAGACAUGGGCAGUGGCUGCGAAGAUGAAAACUGUGGCCUCACGUCUGGUUUCCAAGAGGACUGCUCCAACCAAGAGUGCCACUGGAAGGAACCUCUGUUUGGACUCAUUGAGUUAGUGUGUGUGACUGUCAUUUACGUCCCACUGAUGCUCUUCGGCCUCCUGGGAAACAUUCUGACGAUCCUGGUGGUUUGGCGCCGACCUCACAUGAGAAGCUCGACUUACCUCUACCUGAGCAGCAUGGCUGUUAGUGACCUGCUGAUACUCCUACUGCUGCCUCUGGAUCUGUAUAAGCUGUGGAGGCCCAGACCCUGGCCCUUAGGAGACCUCGCCUGUAAGCUGACGAUGUUCCUCUCAGAGUGCUGCACCUUCUGCACCAUCCUCCACAUCACCUUCCUCUCCCUGGAGAGGUACCUGGCCGUCUGCUGGCCAAUCACAGCCAAGACGCUGGUGACACGGCACAGAACAAAGGCUCUGAUUGGCUGCCUCUGGCUGGGAGCAGCCGUCAGUGCGGCACCGGUGUUAGUCAUGGUUGGAGUGGAGGAGGUUGGGGGAGAUGAGCUGGGGCUCGUAGGAUGGAGGGAGGACGGAGGGUGGACAGGAAGGGAAGGAGAGCAUGCAGGAUUUAUGAUAGGAGGAGGGGACAGAGGAGGUGGACACAUGGCCUCAAUGAACGGAGGAUUAGAGGGAAUAAAGUGGGGAGAGAAAGAGAAAAAGGGAUGGAGUGAAAGAGAUGGUGAGUUGAAAUGGUUUGGAGAGGAAGGAGAGAGAAAUGUGGGAAUAGAGAAAAGAGAUGAGAGGAAAGAAGGAGAUGGAGGACAAAUGAAACUUGUGGAUGAAGAAGAAGAAGGAGAGCUAGAAGCUGGCGGAGAGCGGCAAAAUAAAAAGAAAGAAGACGAGGGAGGAGGAAGGGAGGAAGGAGGAGAGACUGACAGGAGUGAGUGCCGCUGCACACACUACGCCGUCACCUCCGGCCUGCUGGCGGCCAUGAUGAUUCUCUCCAACUUGUACUUCCUGGUGCCCCUCUGCAUCCUGGGGCUGGUCUACAGCCUGAUCGGACGGACGCUGUGGCUCCGUCCAAAAAGCAGCCGCAGAGACCAGAGUCACCGGCACACUGUCAAAAUGCUGGGAGUGAUCGUCCUGGCGUUCGUCCUGUGCUGGCUGCCCUUCCACGUGGGUCGCACCAUUUUCUCUUUCACUCUGGACACCGGCUCUGACAUUUCAUAUUAUCUGUCUCAGUAUUUCAACCUGGUGUCCUCUGUCCUCUUCUACCUCAGUGCCGCCGUCAAUCCCUUACUGUACAACCUGAUGUCUGCCAGGUAUAGACACGCUUGCAGGUCGGUCAGCAUAGCAGAGGAAGGUCUUAUCUCCGUACUGGCUUUAUCUGUAAGUGUCACCUGA